CCGAGAUUGACAGAUCCACCGCCGUGAGUCCUCUCUUAAUUUACUCAUUUUCACGGGAACAUGUUCAUUCUGUAAUUCAGUAUAAUCUAUCAGGUGCAUCCAACUGACUGAAAAGAGAUGGGUCGAUUUCUGAAUGUCUUACGGAGCUGGUUGGUGAUGGUAUCUGUCAUUGCGAUGGGAAACACUGUUCAGAGUUUCAGAGAUCACAGCUUCCUAUCAGAGAAACUAUAUACAGGAUCACCAGAGUUUGUGAAUGGUCUCCAAGCACGAACGUUUGGAAUCUGGACGUUGUUAUCGUCGAUUAUACGCUGUGCCUGUGCCAUCGACAUCCAGAAUAAAACGCUGUAUCACAUCACCUUAUGGACUUUUGUGCUUGCCUUGGGACACUUCCUGUCUGAAGCCUUCAUCUACAAAACUGCACCUCUGACUAUAGGUGUCAUGGCGCCUCUCAUUGUGGCAAGUUUCUCUAUUAUGGGAAUGCUGAUUGGGUUCCAGUGUAUUCCCGAACCACAGGAGGAAGUGGGGGCUCGACAGAAGAAGUGGAAUUGAAUAAAAACAGUUUGCAGUUCUUCUUUUAUAGCCACCUCACCAUCACACACUUGUGUAAUAAGUCGUAGUUUGCUGCUCCUGUCUUGAUGGAGAUCCGGGUGUAAAAAUCAUGUUGUACUGUGGAUGAUGAAACCAUCUAUCCGAAUGGACUCAGAGUAUUUGACUUUUUUUUUUUUACAAUAAAUGAUAUUUUACUGUUAACAAUUUAAUUGAAAGAUUGAGUUUUGACAGUGUAAUUGUGACACAAUAUUGCACGGUCACAUUAUCUAUAUUAGAUUUCUGGUUUUUGAUUCACUCCCAAAUACUGAAUACAGUAUGUCAAUUUUUACAAAAAGAUCCAGAAAAUUUAGAAUUGUGUUGGAAGUUGUAACCCUCGAGAGUCCUUCACAUUGGGAAAUAAAAUGCAACUGUUUUUCCCUCGUGCAAAUUCAAGAUGUGUCAUUUACCUCCUCAGUUUGUAAAUGAGAAUAAAAGGGCUCUGUGUAACUUCUACCUGAGUGCUGACCUCUUCAGCAAUAUGAACAACAAAUUUAGAAAAGAAAAAAAAAUUCAAAUUGAAAAGCAGUGGAUGUCCAGCACAUUGACAUUGCUAUAUUGAAACACCGUCAGUAGAC